GUUACAUUGGUAACAGUGUUAUUGAAGCUUUCAUCGAAGGCGAAGAUAGUUGGUCGUCAAAGCUAACCUUCAUUUUUUGCUGUACUCGCUUACACGUUUUUAUAUUUUGUGACGAAGUAAUUAAUAUAAGCCCAAAAAAAUGACUGACGUUGCACCAAAAACUCCUAAUAAAAGGAAAAGUCAAGGUGGUAAGUCGGAGUCUCCGAAAAAAAUUAAAUUAGAAAAUGGGCAGACACCAUCUCAAAAAGUUGGAUCAGCUAAGAAACAAAAGGGACAGACACCAAAAGUGCAACAUCCCAAUAAUACACCUAAGUCUUCUCCAAAACCACAAAAGUUGAAGAAUACGCCUAAAAUUGGAAAAAAUGAGGAUACACCCAAACAGAUGAAGAAACAACAAAAACAAGAUACACCUAUGCCCCAAAAGGGUAAACAAUCACCAAAACAGCUCAAAAAUAAGCAGUCUCAGCCUCAAAACCAAGUUAUUGUUGAACAAAUACAGAUAAAUCAGCAAAAGAUUAAAACUGAAGUAGUUACUGAUAAAAGCAAAAAACAGAAGAAAGGUGAACAGUCCAAGGUAGCUCCGUUCAAGGGUACAUCACAAAUAGAGCAGCCAAAAAAGAAAUUCAACAAGAAAUCCAUAAAACCUGAAGAUAAAUCAGAUUCUCCUAACAAAAAAUCAAUGAAAACAGCAGACAAAUCAGGUUCUCCAAAAAAAAGAAAAUCUAUGUUCUAUAGUAUUAAACAAAAAAUGCAUUCAACGGAUGCUAAUGAUAAACAAGAAGCUAUUAAAAUCAUAGAAAAUAAGCUUAAAACUAUGGAGGGAAGAGAAAAUCUUUCUAAAUCAGCAAUGCGUAAAAUAAAGGUGUUGAAGAAAUUUAAAAGGAUAGCACAAGGUGAUUCUGUGAAACCAGAACAAUCAGAAACGAAGAAUGCUCAUCCUAAAUCAGAUGCAACAAAAAGAAGGGAAAGGAAAAAGAACGCUAAAACAGCUACAGAAGCAAAUGUUAAAGCUAAAUCAGAAUCUGUAGUAUCUAAAAAGAAACCACUAGUCCUUAAACCUGAACCUAUGGAUGGUGAUGAUGAUGACGACAGUGAAGAAGAAGUGCUUGUAAAUAAGAAAAUGAAAGCUGAAAAUAAAGGUAAUGAAAGUGAAGAAGAAAGUGAUGAUGAUGAAGAAGAUGGUGAAAAUGAUGAAGAAAGUGGAGAAGAAGAUGAGGAUGACAAAGAAAGUGGAGACGAAGGGGAAGAGGAAACUGAUGAUAGUGAAGAUGAUUCUGAUUAAUUUUUAUCAGAUAUACUUAUUAUAUAAGUAAAAUCAAAAUAAAAUGUAUUUGCCAUUAAUUGAUUUGGCUUAUAUUAUAUGUUUUUAUGUGAAUUACAUUUUUUUGAUAGGUUA